GCUGAUGCGGGUGGUUUGUGCGCAGGUCAGAGCCGUUAUAAUAGAAGCUCUUUUGUUGGAGCUCUCUGGCCCGGAUCGGUUUCAUCUAAUUGUGGGUCUCUGUAAUCGAGCACACCGUCAAAUUCGGCUUCUUCUCGUAAACUUUUCUUCAAGCGCUUCAACAGAAGAGGCUGCGUCUGAUUUCAGCCGCGUUUCGCAAUCCGUCUUUAAUUCCGCACGCAGAUUUCACGCUGACCACAUUCUUCUGAUUGGACAUCCGUUAUACGAGUCUGCGGUCAACAAAGGGCCGUCCAUAAAGAAAGAGCCUUUGACCAGUGAAACCCGAGAGCCUGAAGCUCACUGGAGCUUCGCAUCUGACCGCGGCGUGAGGAGGAACCACUAGAAGCGUGGAGACGCGGUGAGGAGCGCGCGCCUGUUUCUCAGGAUUCUUGGCACCGUCGCUUUUCCAGGAGCUCGCAGAUGAACGAAACUCGAUCCGUGAUAAUCUGCUGCGCUUUGUAGGAGGUAUAUAGCGGCGAUGUCCGCGGCUCCCUGACGGCGUUCAUCCGGAGCCGCUGCUGCUGAUCGACGGCACCAUGGUGGAGCACAGCGGCCUGGACAUCAUGUGUCUGAACAAGUACAGCCCCGCUUCCUCCUCCUCAUCAUCCUCGAACGCGGAGAAGAAACUUUUCUCCAAGCUCAAGGUGAGUCUGACCAAGAAGUACCCGCAGAAGAACGCGGAGACGCUGAGCGCGCAGUACGGAACCAACCUGCUGCUGAUCGGUGUGUCGGUGAUGCUCGCGCUGGCGCAGCACGGUCCGGCGGUGAAGAAGGAGCACCUGCUGGCCUUCAUCACGGCGCUGAUGCUGGUGCAGCUCGUGUGGAUGCUCUGCUACAUGAUCCGGAGGGAGCGGGAGCGCAGCGCGGUGCCGGAGAGGGACGCGCACGCCGGCACCAGCUGGAUCCGAGGGGGGCUGACGAUGCUGGCGUUGCUGUCGCUCAUCAUGGACGCGUUCCGCAUCGGUUACUUCGUCGGAUAUCAUUCCUGCGUCUCCGCCGUGCUCGGAGUCUAUCCCAUCGUGCACGCGCUGCACACCAUAUCUCAGGUGCAUUUCCUCUGGUUCCACAUCAAAGAUGUCAUCAAGAAAUAUGAAACGUUUGAAAGGUUUGGAGUGAUUCACGCUGUCUUCACUAACCUGCUGCUGUGGUGUAAUGGAGUGAUGUCAGAAGCUGAACAUUUCCUCAACAACCACAGGAGACGCCUGACUGAGCUGGGAUACGCCAAUCUCUCCACAGGUCUAUGGAUUCUCCCGGCCUUUGGCUGCCGUCCGCAGUAUGACAGCGGUCUGGAGAAGGAGACCUUCGGAUACAGCGUCUGGACCACGGUGCUGAACCUGGCCAUUCCCAUGAACCUCUUCUACCGCAUGCACUCGGUGGCGUCGCUCUUCGAGGUCUUCCGGAAGGUUUGAGGACGACUGGGACUUUAUCUGGUGCUCACACACACUGACAGACACACAAACACUGGUCUGAGGAAGCUCAUGCGUUCAGAACGACUGGGAUCGGAUCCAGUUCUCAUGGACUUGAUAGGCUCUAGAAGCCUGAAGAUUCUUCACACACUCCCCAAUGUUUACACACUCACACUCACACUCACACUCACAC